AUGGCUUCUGCGGCGAAGAAGAUUCAUGGGCUCUCGCUAGCCGGCUCCUUGGCUGCGCCCAUCGCUUUGGGCUCGGUUGCUGGAUAUGCCGCCUACCGUGUGAACUGGAUCCCCAUGAUCAAGGCUUUCCUCACAGGGCCUGGUCGCACGUCGAGGAUCUUGUUGAUGCUCUUUGUCAUCUUUAACUGGAAGACUAUGCCCCUUGCCUGGACUUACCGCGUCUUCUACUCCUUUAUUUACCACACUCUGCUGCGCAAAUCCCCAAAGCUCGGUCCCGAUGCCCUCUUCAAGCCCAUCAUCUCGUCCAGCCAUGCGCCCCUUCUCGAGAUCGAUUACAACCUCCACAAGUCCAACUCGACCUACUUUGCCGACCUCGACAUCUCCCGAACACACCUUGUCUCCUACCUCCUCCGCGAGUCCCUCGCCGUGCUCUCCCGCAACGCUCAGAACAAGAUCGUUCUCGACCCCAAGACCGACCAACCCAUCAAGGGCUCCAUUGGCAUCAUGCUCGGCGCUGUCGAAUGCAGCUUCAAGCGGGAAAUCCCCGCUUACAAGAACUACGAGAUGUGGAGUCGCGUUCUGAGCUGGGAUCGAAAAUGGCUCUACAUCGCGACACACUAUGUGCCCAAGGGUACUGCCCGGCCCAAGUCGUGGUUGGACCCUCGUUUCAUGAAGACUGCUACACGGGGAGCGCAGGAUCCAGCUGGUGGUUGGGAGAAGAAGAUCUAUGCUACGGCCAUCAGCAAAUAUGUUAUCAAGCUUGGUCGCUUUACAGUGCACCCGGCUAUUGUGCUCGGAGGCGCGGCUGGACUGCUCCCGGAACGGCCGGGCGGUUGGACCACGGGCGAGCAGCACCUCGGCGAUCUUUCGGUUGAUCUCUCGGAUGUUGAUCUGAACGUGCCAGGCAAAUGGGACUGGCGACGUGUCGAGGCACAGCGACGCAAGGGAAUGGAGCUCGCAGGACACUUCCACGAGCUUGACAGGUUGCAGGAGGAGUUUGAUGGCGGAGACAACGGCGCUUUGGGCCAGUUCACCCCUUGA